GGACAAUCGUGUCAUGGCACCGACGCAAGCUGCGCAACGCCGCGGCGUGUCGGCGACGCUGGAAGAUCUGAAAAACUACUACUGUGGAUUGCGCACCCGAGUGAGCGAUGUCCCGAUCUCCAUCGACUUCAACACGUGGAGGGUCAAUCUAUCUCUCCUCUCCAUGCAGACGCUCAUCCUGUAUGGCACGGUGCGUAGCGAUCGAUCGUCUUACCAACCCUCGUGGAACCUUCUGUACAACAUGGAUGUAGCUGUUCUCUGAAUGCCGGUUUUCGCUCUUUGUAUUUUCGUCCGUGUGGCUCGGUCGAUCAUUCUUCGUUGCUGAAUACCUCAAGAAGUAUGGCUCCUGCGGCAGGGUCAUCCACAACUCGCCGCAAAGCUCCCUCCUCCGCAGCUUCUCCGUGUCUGGCACGAUGCUCAUCCUAUCACUUCUCUUUCUCAUACGCUCCACCAAGGACUUCUACCAACUCAUCUCCCACCUUCUCCUGCCAUGCGCGUGCAUGGUGGUGGCCGAGCAAUUCCGCCAUCACCCCGUGCUUGGCACCCCCCUCGAAUUCAUACUUGCCCUCGAAAAGUCGUACUUUGUCGGCGUUGUGACCCUCGUGCUCGAAGUGAACCCCACACUCAUCUACGACCGCGCCGCCGCCACCGCUGUCAUUAGCACCGCCGUGUUUAACAACGUCAUGGCCGGCAUCGCCAAGUAUUUCAUUCUCCAUUUCACGCAAAACCAAAUCACGGCGCACGACUUGCAUGGAUGGAACGCCGUCCACCUUGGCGACGACGACCAAGUCCUUUCGUCGACCGUUGAGACUUGGACCUGCGGCACGUCGUACCAGCAAGGCACGUUCGUCCGACACCACGGACGAACAUGGGAGGCGGUGGGCGCGCGGAACCAAGCCGAGCCAGGGGCGUGGACCUCUCGGAUGUACAUUUGUGUGUGGCGCCAUCCGUUCCGCUUCCUGACGUUUCUCAUGGGUAUCCAAGUGAUGCAAGUCGUGGCGAUCGGCCUCUUCUCGUUCUGCUGUGACUCGCUCAUGAUCGUUGGGGGCAUGAUGUUUGUGAGCGCGGACUACAUGCAGCUGAUGCACUCGAUCCGGUUUGCCAUGCUGGGAAAGUCGUUCCGUAACGUCAUGCUGCGACCGCAAAGCCAGGCCGAGCACAUCGCGGCCGCGGCCCCCGACCCGCUUCCCCAGGCAUUAAGUCAUUAAGAAGACGGAGUUUAUGUUACGUGCUCGUUCGUUGCAUUGAUGGAGGAGGAAGCGGACGCAUCGUGACGCUGUUGUCUGGAUGCUUCAUCUCGCCCCCGUGCCUUUGUGCAGCAUGCCUUGUACGCGUCAAUCUCGGCUUGGCACUUGGACUCUUGGUACUUGUGUCGUGACAGACACAUCUGGAUCGCACACGCUUUCUGUCGACAUGCCCGCUGGUACACCAUGUCCCAGUUCACGUUGUCAUCGUUCGCCUUCUCUGCGCUUGGCUUCAUGUUCACAAAUCCAAUCCAACCUGCCAGCCUUGGUAUAUUCUGAGCGAAAUAACUCGAUAAUCCAGUCAAGUUAGCCAUUUGGGGUUCAGUGCAAGAUGGACGGAC